AUGGUCACCCUAUUGGGUCGUCCCAAUCUAGGUGCCAUCAUCGACACAGGCAAGACAGGGGUCUCGGAGGUCUCGACUGAUGACCCGCUUUCCCCUACUAUUCAUACAGGACUGCGAAGUGCGCACGAAGCGGCUGGAGAAGCUAGCGACGCGACUGUGCCGCAAAGAAGAGUAUUUCAACGAUAUUGUGGCGAGGCGGAUGGCCUCUUGAUCGAGCUGACGGCGAGCGACUGGCCACAAUCGGAUCCCGCGAUGAAUAUGGGAACUCGUGAGACUAAGAACGGUGCCUCUCAGCGACAGUCAUGCCCCUCUGUGUGUCUACACCGUGUGCUCGUCCACAUGCGGUUGCCCCUCAGGGUAUACGAACAGGCAUUCGUCCGAUGGGACGAUCCUGGAGGCCUGUUGUCUGGGGUCACCCCUCUCGACAGGCUAAUACUUUGCAAUUAUGGACACCACAUGAUGGGAAAGCGUAAGCGUGUUCGAGUUAAUCCCUUGUAUUGA